CUCCUCCAUACCUCCUCACAUCUCCCCCUCUCCUUUCCCCGGAUCUCAUCCUCCUUUCUCCUCAGACCACGAGAUUCCUCCGCAGGGCGCGGGGUCGGCUCACUUAGUUACGGUACUUUACGGUCCCUCCGACCCAACCCCACAGGUUAUAAGGGGUUCACUGCGACGCCGUUCUCUAUCCGUUGUUCAUCCUACAGCACCGGAACCACCAUGGCAGCCACUAAGAUCGAUGGCACGCAGAUCGCCAAGAAUAUUCGGGCGGGUCUGAAGAAUGAGAUCCAGCAGAUCCAGGAGUCUAAUCCCAGAUUCAAGCCCAGCUUGGUUAUUUUCCAGGUGGGCAGCAGAUCGGAUUCAAGCACAUAUGUGCGCAUGAAGUUGAAGGCUGCCGAAGAGGCGGGCAUCGUUUGCAAGAUUGUCAACUUCCCAGAGACUACUAUCGAAUCCGAGCUCCUUCAGGAGAUUACCAAGGCCAACAAUGACCCCUCCGUGCACGGCAUUCUCGUCCAAUUGCCCCUUCCGCAACACAUGUCCGAACAUACCAUCACCUCUGCCGUGGCCGACGAGAAAGAUGUUGACGGGUUCGGAGCGGUCAAUAUCGGUGAACUAGCCAAGAGAGGCGGCCACCCCCUCUUUGUUCCUUGCACACCCCAGGCCGUGAUGGAGCUCUUGCGAGUGAGUGGAGUCAACCCGGCCGGUAAGAAGGCAGUGGUGCUUGGACGGAGUGAUAUUGUUGGCAGCCCUGUUAGCUACCUGUUGAACAAGGCAGACGCAACUGUGACACUGUGUCACAGCAAGACCCCUGACGUCGAAAGUAUCAUCAAGACGGCGGACAUCCUCGUCGCCGCCCUUGGUAAAACGGAGUUUGUCAAGGGCGACUGGUUGAAGCCCGGUGUUGUUGUCAUUGACGUUGGUAUCAAUUACAAGCCUGAUCCUUCAAAGAAGUCAGGCCAGCGACUUGUCGGCGAUGUCGAUUUCGAGUCCGCCGUUCAGGUGGCUUCUCAGAUCACCCCCGUGCCGGGUGGUGUCGGUCCCAUGACGGUGGCCAUGCUGAUGCAGAAUGUGGUUAACUCUGCCAAGGCGUACUUCGAGAAGCAGAAGGACAGACACAUCACCCCAUUGCCGAUCAAGCUGGCACGCCCUGUACCUUCUGACAUUGCCAUCUCCCGUGCACAGUACCCCAAGGCAAUCACACAGAUUGCUUCAGAGAUUGGCAUUUCUUCCCAUGAGCUUGAGCCUUACGGUCAUACCAAAGCGAAAGUAAGUCUCGAUGUUCUCAAUCGCUUGGCUCACCGCCGUAAUGGAAAAUACAUCUUGGUGUGUGGUAUUACCCCAACCCCGCUUGGUGAGGGCAAGUCGACAACUACUUUGGGUCUUACUCAGGCCAUUGGUGCGCACUUGAAUCGCAUUGUGUUUGCCAAUGUCCGUCAGCCCAGUCAGGGCCCCACAUUCGGCAUCAAGGGCGGAGCUGCCGGUGGUGGCUACAGUCAGGUCAUUCCUAUGGAUGAGUUCAAUAUGCAUCUGACUGGUGAUAUCCAUGCGAUUACUGCUGCGAACAACCUUCUUGCCGCUGCUAUCGAAACCCGCAUGUUCCAUGAAGCAACCCAGAAGGAUGGCCCGCUCUACAAGCGAUUGGUCCCUGCCAAGAAGGGCAAGCGUGAAUUCCAGCCCGUCAUGUUCAAGAGACUGAACAAGUUGGGUAUCACCAAGACCAAUCCGGAUGAACUGACCAAUGAGGAGAUCCGUCGGUUCGCACGCCUUGAUAUUGACCCUGAAACCAUUACUUGGCGCCGUGUCCUGGAUGUCAAUGACAGACACCUCCGUGGCAUUACUGUUGGACAGGCACCUACGGAGAAGGGUCUGACCCGUGAAACUGGUUUCGAUAUCUCUGUCGCUAGUGAGUGUAUGGCCAUCCUUGCCCUGAGCAACAGCCUGGAGGAUAUGCGUGACAGACUGGGCCGGAUGGUCGUUGCUACAUCGAAGAGUGGUGAUCCUGUCACCUGCGACGACAUCGGCGCUGGUGGCGCUCUUGCUGCCCUUAUGAAGGAUGCUAUCAAGCCUAAUCUCAUGCAAAGUUUGGAGGGAACGCCGGUCUUGGUGCACGCUGGCCCCUUCGCCAACAUUAGCAUUGGAGCCAGUUCCGUGAUUGCGGACAAGUUGGCUCUAAAACUCGCCGGUACGGAACCCGAUGAGGACCAUGAGGCCAAGACUGGUUUUGUUGUAACGGAGGCUGGUUUCGAUUUCACCAUGGGUGGAGAGCGUUUCUUUAACAUUAAGUGUCGCUCUUCCGGUUUGACUCCGGACACUGUGGUGAUUGUGGCCACCGUCCGUGCUCUCAAGGUUCACGGUGGUGGCCCGGAGAUUAGCCCCGGAGCCCCGUUGAACGAAGUUUACCGCACCGAGAACGUCGAUAUUCUACGCAAGGGCUGUGUCAACCUGAAGAAGCAUAUCGAGAAUGCCCGCCAGUAUGGAGUGCCCGUGGUGGUUGCCAUUAACCGCAUGGAGACCGACACGGAAGCAGAAAUUGCUGUCAUCCGGGAGGAGGCCAUCGCUGCGGGAGCCGAGGACGCGAUCCCCGCUAACCACUGGGCUGAGGGCGGAGCUGGCGCUGUGGACCUGGCCAAGGGUGUUCUGGCAGCUAGCUCCAAGCCGAAGGACUUCAAGCUCUUGUAUGAGCUGGAAGGUACCAUUCAGGAGCGCAUUGAGCGCAUCGGCAAGGCCAUGUACGGCGCGGAGAAGGUUGAAUUUAGUGAACUUGCACAAAAGAAGGUCGACACCUACACUGCGCAAGGAUUUGGACAUCUUCCUAUUUGUGUUGCGAAGACUCAGUACUCUCUCAGUCACGAUCCCGCCUUGAAGGGCGCUCCGACCGGAUUCACAGUCCCCAUCCGGGAUGUUCGGUUGGCCGUGGGUGCUGGAUAUCUGUACGCUCUUGCGGCGGAUAUUCAAACCAUCCCUGGUCUGCCGACCGCUCCGGGUUACUUGAACGUCGAUAUUGACCCCGAGACCGGAGAAAUCGACGGUCUGUUUUAGAUGCGCUAUGUGGUCGACUGGAUCGAUCCUGGGACGUCUGGUGUACUGGCUGAGGUUGUAUAGACUCGUUACUCUCACCUGGUUACCCUGCUUCCCAGUGCUUUAUUUCUCUUAAUCUGAUAUACAUCAUUUGUUCUGUGUGAUCAAGAUAUGGCGGUAUUCUCGGGUUCAAUUCAACAUUUACAAGCGUGAUGGCGCACCAGCCUCAGGAACAGGAUUGGGUGCUUUUCAACAAGAUGGGCGGAUGGAGUCAACAUGAUAAAACUUUUUUAGAAAGACCAGAUUACUGUACAGACUACAGUGUUACGAGUGAACGGAGUUAAUUAAUCAUGAUGGGUUGGUUCCUCUAGAGUAGCGGAAUAAUUAUUGGACUGUC